AUGACGUUAUCCAGAACGAGUGACGAGGAGUCUCAUGCGGCCAACAUGACGGGUGGUCCCGUUGACUACGAUCUCAAGGUGAAGGGCGAGAAGGCCCCAUCGUCCAGGGAUCUGGAGCCCUUUGGCAAUGAAGAUACUGCGGAGGUCAAGUACCGAACCAUGAAGUGGUGGCACUGUGGCAUGCUGAUGAUUGCGGAGAAUGUCUCAGUGGGAAUUUUGUCUCUUCCCUCGGCGGUUGCCACGCUUGGCAUGGUACCUGCUUCCAUCAUGAUUCUGUUCAUCUCUGCCCUGUCCUGGUACACUGGCUACGCUAUUGGACAGUUCAAGCUCCGUCACCCGCACAUCCACAGCAUGGGUGAUGCUGGCGAGCUGCUGAUGGGUCGUGUUGGCCGGGAAGUGCUCGGCAUCGGCCAACUUCUCUUGUUGAUCUUCCUCAUGGCCAGUAACAUCUUGACCUUCAACAUCUUGAUGAACGUCCUGACCGACCACGGUACCUGUACAUUGGUCUUCGGUGUGGUUGGUCUAGUGAUCUGCUUCCUCGGCGCUCUGCCGCGGACCAUGGAGAAAGUUUACUGGAUGUCUGUCAUCUCAUUCGUGAGUGUUCUGGUCGCCACAAUCAUCACGAUGAUCACCGCUGGUGUGGAGGCCAAAGGACCCGUUGUCAACGAGGUCACCACGAAUGUCACCUUCCGUGAGGGGUUCCUUGCAGUCACCAACAUCAUCUUUGCUUACCUCGCUCACGUUGCGUAUUUCGGAUUCAUGUCCGAGACGGAGGACCCGCGCACCUUCAACAAGUCUCUUGCCAUGCUUCAAAUCAUCGAUACCGUGUUGUAUCUUGUCAGCGCAUUGAUCAUCUACCAUUACAUUGGCCCCAACGUCUCAUCCCCGGCUAUCUCAUCGUUGAGCCCCAUUAUGAGCAAGGUCGCCUGGGGUAUUGCUAUUCCGACUACGAUUCUCUCGGGUGUUGUGCUGGGUCACGUCGCCUGCAAGUACAUCUACGUGCGCAUGUUCCGCGGUUCCGACAAGAUGCACAGUCGCAGCCUUCUGUCCGUUGGGUCCUGGGUCGCAAUCUGCAUUGGCGUCUGGGUCGUCUCCUGGGUUGUCGCAGAGUCGAUCCCGGUUUUCAACGAUCUGUUGAGUUUGAUUAGUGCCUUGUUCGGAAGCUGGUUCAGCUUCGGAUUGCCUGCCGUCUUCUGGCUCCACAUGAACCAGGGUCAGUACUUCCGCAACUGGAAGAAGGUCGCCCUGACGAUUGUCAACAUUUCAAUCUUCUUGAUCUCUUGUGCUAUGUGUGGACUUGGCCUUUACGUUUCAGGUGUGGCGAUUCACAGCGACUCGAGUUCCAACAGCUGGUCCUGUUCGAACAGUGCCUAA